AUGAUAUCAGCUGUGGUUCUUUGGACACUGGCCUCGGCCGCUCAAGCCGUCCUCGUGUCCCCGCCAACUGGACCCUACGCAGUGUCCAUGUCGGUUCAGGCCCUGACCGACAACGCCCGACUCGACCCCUACGCCCCCGAGGACAGCCCACACUCUCGACAAGUCAUGAUCUCGACGUUCCUCCCUGUUGACGAAGCCAAGACUCCCUGUUUUGGUCGGAAGAGGGUCCCAUACAUGACGCCGCUCGUCGCCCAGGCCUAUGAUGUACUCGGAACCGCCGUAGGCCUCCCUAACGGCACCUUUUCCGCCUUGGAAAUGGAUUUCUGCCAGACGCGGUCUCGUUCAUGUCAACGAAAACGCCCCAGGUUUCCACUCGUACUCUUUUCACCUGGUUGGGGAAACCCACGCCUGCUUUACGGCGCUAUGGCCCGUGAGGUCGCAAGCCACGGUUUUGCCGUCGUGACCAUCGAUCACCCUUACGACCCCUCCUUCGUGGAAUUCCCAAACGGCACCGUUUAUCAGGCGGUGGAACUGGACACGGAUGACACGGCAGAGUUGAAAGUCCUCACCCAGGUCCGAGCCGAAGACACUUCUUUCGUCCUAACACACUUACAAGAAAAUCCCGUCGCCGGUGUCGAUCUCGACCGCACCAUCAUGUUCGGCCACUCCCUCGGCGGCGCCACGGCCGCAGCCGCGAUGCUGACAGACCCUCGCAUCCGCGGAGGCCUCAACUUCGAUGGCAAACUCCUUAACCCCGUCCUCCAAGCCGGUCUCGAUCGGCCGUUUGCCCUGGUGGGGCGACCGGGACACGUCGACGAAGACCCGACGUGGGACGAGUUCUACGCGGGUCUGCGCGGGCCGAGCGCCCUGCUGAGCGUUGCUGGAACCACACAUGCGAGCUUUACCGACUUCCCGACGCUUAUCUCGUCUUUGAAUCUGACUCUUCCCGGAGCCGCGAAGUCGUUGCUGGAGGGUGAGCUGGGCACCUUGGAGUACAGAAGGGUGGGAACCGUAGUGGCGAAGAUCGUGGAGGCCUUUGCCGCCUUGGUGUUGGAAAACCAGGUGGCGCCACUGUUCACCAAAGAGGGAGACGCAGCCUUUCCUGAAGUUUCCGUGCAGCAAGAUAAGCUUUGA